CGGUCCAGAAGAGCCAGUCCACAUAGUGAAGUCAAGUCAACUUGUUGCACCCAGCCGGACAGACGAUUUAGGCACUGGCACAUGUUAAGUGCAGCCAUAGUGGAGCCCUAACAACCGGACGCGAUGCAACUGGACGGCCGGCCGGGACCAGCUCUUCCACGCUCCACUCCCCUCUUUGCAGCUUACGGCACAGAGACCAGCGUCGGUCGUCGUCGCCUCGGCCAAACUCGCUCGUUGUCGAGGCGUUUGCUGCAUUUCCACUUCGGGGACGGAUACACGCAGUCGAUCGGAGCCUCUUUGUGGGCUCUCAAGAUCGACCGUAUAAAUGCCUACCAUGCAGUUUUCCAUGCCCACGGCCGUGGAGCGCGUGCCUGAAUCCUCCACUGUCAAUGACCAGGAGCAGGAGCAGGAGGAGGCGCUACUGCGUCUGGCUGCGCGAAUGAAGCAGAACGUGGCCACGGGUGACCGUCGUCGCAACCUUUUCAAGAAAUACCGCGACUGUUUCACUGGCAUGGAAGCGGUGGACUGGAUGCUCGAGCAAAUGGAGGCCAAGAGUGUGGCCGAAGCUGUUCGCAAAGGUCAAGGUCUGUUGUCUCAUCACUACAUUGAAAAAGUGGAAAAAGAGACCAAAUUCGAGUACAACAAGAAGCGGUUCUACCGCUUCACAGCCACCACACCAGAGUUCGUACAGGCUGUCGAACGUCCGCUCCCCAGCGCCACGCUGGACUUGCCACUCAGUGCCGCGGCUCGACGUCGUGCUCUUGCGGCGCUGAUCGGCGGGUUCGUGGCCGACGCGGCCUCGACGUCGCUCAAUGGCGUCUCUCACCCUGAGAAGACAAUCCCCAAUCUGCUACGUCUGGACUUCGAUCCAGCCUUCUGCGGCCUGUAUGACACGGGAGACGGCAGUGAUAAGAAGGCAAACCGUACGAGAAUGGAGUCGUCCACGGGCUUCGAGGCCCGUAUUUUGCUGCAAUGUAUCGCCCGACGAGGCCACAUCCACGGUUCACAGCUGGCUAAAGACGCAUACUGGGGCUUCAAGAACGACCACCGUCUACUCAGUGCGUCGUCCAGAGCCUUCAUUAAGCGCGUACACUCCGGCAAAGGCUGGCCUCACUGUGCUGUCAAGUGUCGAUCGAUCGACGUGUUGUCCUUGAUCCCCAUUGUCGUUGCUCUCUACGCCGGUACCAACCAAUUGUUCACUAAAGUGGACGAGCUGGUCAAGGUCUUCUACGUCGGUACUCGUGUACGUGACGCAGCGCUCGUGGCUGCGUUUGUGCUUGAGCAGGUGAUUCUCGGAGCGUCCGUACUACAAGCUAUGCGGAUGAGUAUCCGUACUGAGAGACUGAGUGUCAAGCAACGUAAAGUCAUCUUCAAGGCCUUCACCAAGUCGCAACUUCCGAGUUAUGAAGCGAUCCAGAAGUUCGGCAACCGCGGUUCAUUGCCUGGAGGUUUCCACGCUGUUUUGCAGCCACUUUUCGUGCUCAACGACUACCCGACAGCUGUGCGUGAGAACAUCAUCGGAGGUGGACGGACUUGUCGUCGUGCCAUGUUUAUCGGUGCCUGCUUUGCUGCCCAGGACGGGUUGGAGGCGAUCCCGGAGGGCUGGAUCCAGAAGACCCAGUACUUUGACUUCAUCGAGGCAGACGCGAGCUCUUUGGUGGGUAGACGUGAGGUUCAAGGCUCGUUCACCGACGAAGACGAGGAAGAUCGUCUUGCGGCGUAUGUGGACUACGUGCCCAGGUCCUCCAUGUCUUCGUCUCGCCAUAUUGAGCGUCCUGAAUCCUCUCGCCGUAGCAGCAACAACCUCGCUGCCUCUUCAUCGAAUGUCAACGGAGAAGCGUUGGAUAUCCCAUCUGAACUACCGCCUGAGAGCUUGCCGAGCUCGUCUCGCCGCUCUUCCGGUCCGAUUCGUCGUCGUUCCAACAGCUACGCGUCUUCCGGUGGCCUCUCGUCGCCGCGUUCUAUCGCUUCCAACUUCUCGUACGCUUCCCAGACCACUACAGCCUCAAGUGUACGCUCUGUCAUCGACUUGGGAGACAUGGACAAAUUCUAUCAAAGUGGUGUGGGCAACACGUUGGCAACAUCUACUACCCCACGCUCCAGUGGCGGCACCGAUGGCCGUCUGAGCUUCGAGAUGCAAAAGUUCUUCCAAGCUUAUGGCGCGGCUGCUGCUGCUCGUGGCUCGCGUGGUUCUCACGGCUCCUUCGGGGAGAACGGAUCGUACGGCAGUGGCUCCUCCACGGUGCGUUCAAGCGACCUGAACCAGCUCCGUCCGAGUGAUAUGGCCCCGUAUCUGCGUCGCAGCUCCGCGUCUGUGCGUCGCAGUGACCCUCGCAGUGGCGACCCCCGUGGAGACCUUCGUCACAGCUACGUUGCAAGCUCGCGUCGCAGCGACACCAGUCUAAUGUACAGCCACCAGCCCCGAUACUCGGGCAAAGUGUCCCGUGUCAGUGACCCGAACGCCUUCUACCGUCGAUCGUCGUCCACACCCGCGUACGUGCCCGAGGCUGAGCGAUCCGAAGACGUCGUGCUGGCUCACCGCGUAUCACUCGACGACGAGCAACGCGUGAGUCUGCACGCUAUUCUCUAAACUCCAUUGGAUGAUUGGAUGGAAUAGUGCAAGGGUCAGUGUGGCGAAGGUGACGGUGAGUUGUUUAAUUUAUUUGAUAUGAGCGCAGGCGAAAACCGGAGGGAGAAAACCAGCAGAAACAUUCGAGCGUCGACGGCAAAGCAGGUAGGAAGUAAGGUGUUAGAUACUAGAAAGAUGCGCCUUGAGCACCGAGAAAGUCAUACAGUAAUGAUAACCGUCAUAUUUGUUUUAUCCAAACGCUACUACAUCUAAG